AUGUCCCGGAUAUCCAUAACAAUGCCCUGGACUCUCCAUCACUCGAACCUAACCAACUGGAUUGCCAAUGCUCAGCUCAAUCCGCAUAUUCCUUGUGUGCAAGUCAAUGAGAAGACACAUGUAUUCCCACACUUUAUCGAUGGCUGGGCAUAUGGGGACGCGGCUGGAAUCGAAGUGACUUCGUGUUCAGAGGAGUACUGGUCCAUUGGCGAUGGACCCAGAUUUAUUGAUACUUGGGUGACAGAUAACCAUCCUAGUCUCUGUGAACUAUCUGAAGAUACAGAGGGGCUUCUUUUGACUUACCGUUCUGUUUCUGGUACACCCGCCUCGGCCGUUGUCAUUCCUCCUCCUAAUAAAACGCACCAUAUUACGACUCAAUCUCGUAUCCUCUUGGCACUCCAUGGGGCUGGAGUUAUGCACACACACCCAUUUUGGAUCUCAGCGCUUCCGCGUCCAGAGUAUGCAUGGGUCCUCGUAGUACAAGGUCUAACACCUUGGGGCCUGGACUGGAGGGAAGCUUCAAGAGCUGACGUCUGCGCUGCCCUAAGGGCUCUCGUCUUGAAGUUAGUUGGCGUAUGGCAUGAAGAUGAUUAUUGUACUGCGCACGAUCUGGCAACAGAGAUAACAGUCCCAAAACCGCCUGGUGUUCCAGUCAAGACCAUUCCCGUAGUGGCAAUCGGGCACUCCAACGGAGGGCAAGGCGCUUUGCAUUUGGCUUCUGCAUUCCCUGAUUGUAUUCCUGCACUUAUUCCCGCAGCAGGCUACACUAGUGCACGGCUAUAUGUACCCACACAAGCCUCUCGUGGUUCUCUCUUCGCAGAUGCGGCACUCCAGAGUAUUUUGAGGGCGAGUUUGCAAGGACAGGAUGGAGAUAUCAUAGCCGGGAAUCUCGCGCUGAGUCGAGUUCAUCUGGUACAUGGCGGCAGCGACGAGAAUGUACCGGUAUGGCACUCGCGGGAAAGGAUGGCACUAAUCAAAAUGUGGAACCCGGACGCUGACGUGAACAUGACCGAGAUUCCGGGAAAACCCCACUUUUGGGAUACGGUGUUUAAGGAGAACCAGUUUCAAGUGCCAUUCAAGAUCUGGUUUCCUCACCCUACGCCGCUUCAAAUACAAUAG